AUGCCACUGGGCAAGGAUUUAUCCAUUGUGGCAGAUUCCACCGUCUCCUCAUCUCCCCUACGCGACUCUGCAAAGAGCGAGAUCAAACGGCCCACUCGAACGUAUGGCAGAAAAAAAUCCCCUCCAGCUGAAGAUAUUGAGGCAUCAACCUCAUCUUCUUUACUGGCUGCGCCGUCGCGCGCCAGUGUCCACCAAACUGGGCCGCCCGGACUUGACGAAGAGGUUCCUCCGAGCUCACAAACCUCAGAUGAUGAAGGAACAGUAGAAACACAUGGAGGAUUGGAAAAAUUCUAUCGAGCUUCUUCGGGAUUUCAGUUUGAAUGGCGGGCGCAAUUGAAAGCGAUGGAUGAUGAAAUUGACUUCCCCGAUAGUCAAGAUGCGUCAAAAAUCGACCAAUCGUUGUCCAGUCAGCCCUCAUCUAAAGACGCUCCUCUGGAUGAUUCCUUUGCAGGUCCUCUUUCUACCAUUACUGCGACUUCACCAAGAUCUGUAGAUCAUUUGGCACCUCCCUCAUCUCCCCUCAUCAGUGAGCGGCGCCGACGUACAAAAAAACCAACCACGCUGCUAGACUCAGACUCAGAUGGUGAGCUGGGAAACGGCACACAUUCCAGCAACUCAUCACCAUCCGCUCUACAUCGCAUUAACACCCCCGAACCCGGAUUCUUAUCUACACUUUCUGCCUCAGACGGUGGCGUGACUGUGGCCCCAAUGAUGAGUGUGGGGGAGGGUCGUAACAUGAAAGUCGACCAUGUUGAACAGACAAUCCCACACAAUAAGUCCAGGAAGCCGAAAGUCAAGGCGCCAACGAAAAAAGACUUCACCGAAACAGCAAAAGCGCGUGCUCGGAUCGCGACGGAAAAAGAAUGCCUCAUCCCUCGUCCUCAACGCGAUAAGCACACCCUGCAACGCUUGUUUUCCGUCGUCAAAAAUACUCAAAGCAGCAUGCAAGUGCCUUCUGAUCCACCUUCUUCUCCCCGUAGCUCUGCCGUCAAUAUAUUUCGCCCUAUCUCACCAUCUUCUGUCCAUCCUUUUCAAGGGGAACAAUGUCCUCCCAUAAUACCGCCAACUAUUCCAGCCGCCGAGUCUGACGACGAGUUUCCUGAACCUGAGCUCCUUUAUGAAGAGCGGAUAGCAACGAAGAAACGGGAAGACAUUCAGGCACUCAAACAGCGCGCUCUGGUCGAAAAGCAGAAUGCACCGUUGGUCAGUGAAGAUGAAGACGACGACCUUGUCGUUCUGCCUUCUCCGGAGAAGGGCACUACCAGACUUGACGAGGAACACCACAGAUCUACUAGCAAGGGGAGACCGUCUGAAGGCAGAAAGGUCCAACUCAAUUUUGCAGGCAUGAACUUGUCAAUGCAGAAGUCUGGCGCUGCACCCAAAUUGGGUCCCCUCAACAAUGUCGGUUCGUCAACCAGUCGGCGUAAAUCAGGUAUCACACGUGACGAGUUGAAUACGAGUCUCUGGAGUAAAGUCAAGGGAGAUAUUCGCGAAACCAUUCACAAGAAGGAGGCAGAUUACAUGAAGGCUGGAGGCAGAAUCCUCAUUUCUGAAGGCCCAGCAGAAGUUUCAGAAAAAUCUUUGAACGUGCUUGUGGAGAAGGGACUAAAAGCCGCUGAGGCGCGGAUGGCUGGUGCGAUCGAAAAUGAUAGCGAUAAUGAAGACGAGGAAGACGAGGACGAUGAUGAUUGGAUGCCAGAGGGCAGGGGCUCUGCCAGUCCCGAACCCGAGCCCGACGAAGGUCAGGGUGCAGCCGAAGUUAUGGCGGACGAUGUUGGAGGGGAUGUUUUGAUAGAUGACCUCAACGAUCAGGAGAAUAUAAACACCCGAUCAUCUCACCGGCGACGGACAGUAUUCUAUUCAGACGACGAGGACGAUGAGCCCAAGCCCAGAGUUCAGCAUCCUUCACACAACAAUGUCCUGCCUGAUAAACCACCCACAAUGAUAUUGGAAUCCGAGGAUUACAUGUCAGCUUCAGCGGAUGAGCGGGUGGAGAACGAAACAGACAAGGAAAAUGACACUGGUCUCAUGUUUGAUUAUAGCGAAGAUAAGGAGAACAAAGCUGUUGUUCGACAUGCAGAGCUGGGCCCCUUAGGAAGGUCCCUGUCUUUGCGAGGCGAAACACAACGAAGUUCGGCAAUGUCGUCGCCUGACUUGGGAGAAGGCUUAGAUUCUCGGAGACCAUUUCAGGAGUUGGUUGGUGGUGACAGUUCGCAGGAUAUGCAACUUGCCCCCACCAAUCUUACCCAAACCUUUGCUUCACAGCUAAGAACAGCAUCUUCACAUCUAUCCACUAAUUCGUCUACUUUUAUUCCUGCUGCUUGUAUUGGUAACAGCGACCUGGAUGAGUUCCAGAAAUUUUCGGGCAAAACGUCGAGCAGUAAUGCUGCUGCAUCCAUCGUCUUACAGCCCAGCUUUUCGGAUUUGUUCGAAUCGGCCACGGAAAAACAGGGAGACGCACGGCCCCUUGCUUCAUUCAAGGAUAAAGAAAAGGCUGUUUCCAUUUCCCUCAACCAAAUUCGUCGAUCGGAUACCCUUGAUCUGACUCAAGAUAUGACCCUGCUGCCUGCAUUCCAAGCUGGAGACAACGUCUUACGCAAAGCUGACAUUAUAUUUGAGAAAGAGCAAGAUUAUUUGUUGGAAAACGCUGGUCGGAAAAACCAACAGAGUGCUGAGCUGUAUGUCAAUGAUGAUGGAUUCCUCACUCAAACGAGACCGGAUGUUCACAGCCCAGAAAUUUAUAAACCUGCGUCGCCGUCCCAGUCAAGGGUUCCUCGCGACACCCUCUUUAGCCCGACAGGGUUUCGGUCUGCACCACGCGCUCCAUUAGGGACGUUGUCCUUUUCAGGGAUUUCACAUAAUUCUCCUGACGGAGGACCACUUUCACGCCUGAGGAGGGCAACCGAUAACCAAUCUUCAGACAGCCCUGGCACCAGAAAACGGCCAGCUGACGCUUUCGACCUUCUCCGCCAAGGAGCGGCGAAGGAGGCGAAGGCAGAGUUAGCGUGGAAACGUCACGAAGCGUUAGAGUUUUUUGAGGACGAGGCCCAAGAAUCGGAUGAAGAUGACGCAUUUGGUUUCGGAACAAAACAUCACAUUGAAAGAGGAGAGGAAGAAGACGAAGACGAAGACCUCGAUAAGACAUUAGAGACCCUUGUGGAUGAUCAGGAGAUGGGUGAGGAAGUAGUUGCCGCAGAAAAAAUCUUGGAGAAAUUUCAUGAGCAAGCUGAAGAAGAUGAUCAAGCGCUGGAGCGACUGCAUCAAGCUGCUGUGCGUGGUGAGUUGCGUCGGAAGAAACGUCAUCAUGGUGUGGGGAUGGAUGACAGUGAGGAUGAAAGUGAUGAUGAAGAUCAACGUGCUAGACGGGCACGUCAUUCAAUGAAAAGGGCACGAGUUGAUCGAGACGACGUGAAAGCAUUGGAGGCCAAUCCGGAGACGAAAGCAUUUGCCGAGUCAUACAUGCAGACUGUACUGGAUGAUGGUAAUGACUUCGACCACCUUGGAGAUGCAUCACAGGAGUCUAGCAGGACUCUUGUUGGGGACGAUGACGAAGAAGGUGACGUGAACGUGGGCAAAUUCACGCGUGAUGACUUGAUACGACAAAUUUACGAUGGAGGGUUGGAAGACGAGGAUUAUGAGAUGGACCUGACCGAUACGUUGUGGAUAGACGGCAAAGACGAGGAAGACCACAUCCGCGUGAAGGCUGUCAAGUUUAACAAAAGGAUGGCUGGUGCUUCAAUCAUAGGUGCAACCGAGCUUGACGAUGGUUUGGAGUUCCUAUCUUCCGUGUCCAAAUCUAAUCAACGUCAGCGAAAUCAAGAGCAGUCUUGGAUGAAGCGCGAAGGAAAGAUAAGAAAUCCAGGUACAUCACGAUCUGUUGGCGGUGCAGCCGUAACCAGUCUAGGAGGCAGCGCUCUCCGUAAAGUGUCGCGUGCGUCGUUGGCUGGUGCAGGCUCCGCGCCUCCAGUCAAUGUACCAAAGCCUGUGAAGGCAGCAGAAAGUUUCCUAUCGGCAGUCGACAGAACGAACAGGUUUGCAUAG